AUGAAUUUGACGUUCUUACAGAUGUUUGGAAGCCUCACUGCUGUCUUUGGAAACAAGCAAGAAUUCGAGUCUCUCGACUUUUGGCCUGAUACCAACAUGAACGGAUAUGCCUAUUUCCAUCGCGUUGACCGAACCAAUGGAGGCGAUGUCAACGCCACUCAUCACACUGGUUACGCAAAGAAGCACCCCUUUUGGUAUUAA